ACGCGUUUUCUACUUAUAUAAAAAAAAUAUAAUUAUUAUAAUUCACGGACAUUCGGAGAAUAGUCCUACUUCUUGUCAAUGUCAGAGUGCAGUUCGAGGAAAUAUGAACAUGGUUCCACCCCAACAUAUCAGGUUUAGAAGCCGAGCGAUUAUUAAUGGAACGUGGAUAUGAUAGUUCCUUCCUGGCACGCCCUAGCUCCUCCAAUCCUGGUGAUUUUACAUUGUCAGUGAGGCGGAAUGGAGAAGUGACCCACAUUAAGAUUCAAAAUACAGGAGACUUUUAUGAUCUAUAUGGUGGUGAAAAGUUUGCUACAUUAUCAGAACUUGUUCAGUUCUAUAUGGAAAAUGGUGGACAAUUGCGUGAGAAGAAUGGUGAAGUGAUUGAACUAAAGUAUCCUCUGAAUUGUGCAGAUCCAACAACUGAAAGGUGGUUCCAUGGCCAUUUGUCAGCCAAGGAAGCAGAACGACUGAUGUUAGAGCGAGGCAAGAACGGCUCAUUUCUCGUUCGUGAAUCCCAAAGUAAACCUGGUGAUUUCGUGUUGUCCGUACGCACUGACGAUCGUGUAACUCACGUCAUGAUACGAUCACAGGAUAAUAAGUAUGAUGUUGGAGGCGGUGAAAAGUUCGACAGUCUGAGUGACCUUAUAGAGCAUUAUAAACGUAAUCCUAUGGUAGAAACGAGUGGGAGUGUCGUUCAUUUACGGCAACCGUUUAAUGCGACCCGUAUAAAUGCCAGUGGCAUUGAAAGUAGAGUGAGACAACUUCAUAAGGAAAAUGGUUGUUCAAAUGGUUGGUUGUGUUGGAAUGGAGCUACAGGCAAUGACAGUGUUGGCGCUGGCCGUGGAAAAGGGAAGGCUGGGUUUUGGGAAGAAUUUGAAUCUUUACAACAACUCGAGUGCCGACAUUUGUUUUCACGAAAAGAAGGUCUAAGACCGGAAAAUCGGGCGAAGAACCGAUACAAAAAUAUUUUACCUUUUGACCAUACCAGAGUACGACUAUUAGAUGUAGAUCCCAACGUUCCAGGAGCUGAUUAUAUUAAUGCUAAUUACAUCAGAAACAAAGAGGAUGAUGGAUCGGGUUCUAUAAUUAGUGGUGCCGGAGACACGGGACCAUUUAAUAAGUGUUAUAUUGCCACCCAAGGAUGUCUCCCUAACACUAUACAAGAUUUUUGGCAUAUGGUGUACCAAGAGAAUACUCGAGUGAUCGUUAUGACCACCAAAGAAAUGGAAAGAGGAAAGAAUAAAUGUGCUCGGUAUUGGCCAGAAGAAGGGGAAAUUAGUGAAUACGGAGAAUGGAAAGUACAUGCAUUAGGGCGUACCUCGACAGCGGAUUAUACUCUACGUAAAUUCCUGUUACAAGGAACAAAGCCAAACUUUCCUGAGCCUAGAAGGAUUUUCCAUUAUCAUUUUCAAGCAUGGCCGGAUCACGGAGUACCGUCGGACCCCGGAUGCGUUUUAAAUUUUCUUCAUGACGUGAAUGCAAGGCAGGAAUCGAUAGCUGCUGCAAUGAGUAAUCAAAGUUCUCCCAAUGGACCAAAACCUCCAUUAGUAGGACCGAUUCUUGUACACUGCAGCGCUGGCAUUGGGCGCACUGGUACCUUUGUUGUCAUUGAUAUGAUCCUAGAUCAAAUUAAACGACAUGGACUCGACUGCGAAAUCGAUAUUCAGCGAACGAUUCAAAGGGUACGUUCUCAACGGUCCGGAAUGGUACAGACUGAAGCUCAGUACAAGUUCGUGUACCUUGCUGUUCUGCACUACAUCGAGACUGUGUCUCAGCGUAUGCAAGCUGAGCAGAAAUCUUUACAACUGGGCCGGGAGUAUACUAACAUCCGUUACAAGAGUGAAAGCAGUGCCGUGAGUAGUACUGGAGUAGGUGAUACUCCAGCACCGCUUUUAAGUCCUACCAGCCUUCCGACAGCAACAAAUUUUACUCUGUCCACCGCAAUCGGUGGACUUAGGCCAAAAUAAAUUACGUUCGCGAACGGCUUCGUUCUUGAUUUAAAUUAGAGACGCAAGAAAGUGACAGCGUCGCUCUUUCACACGCACUUACCGUAGGCCUAAAAGAAUUCACCAUGGAAACUCGACAAAGGAAAAUAUUCGAAAAUUCGCCAUAAAUCUAAUGUAUUCUUCGAUUAAACCCAUCAGGGAUCGUGUACCUACAUUAUCUGUUGUAAUCGAUAUAACGAGUUGUUCCAUGUUGGCAGGAGAGAUCAAACCUCUGCCGCUUUAUAUUUAUAAUAUAAAUAAAGUUCGAGAAGUUAUAUUUGUGGUAUGAAACUGACAGUUAAGGCAUUCUCGAUUUAGUGAUUUUUUCGAAAGCUGUGAGUAAAAAAAAAGAAAAUGCGGUUAUUUUGAAUCUCCAUUUGACGAUUUUAAUAAGAAAUUUCAUUGACGAGCAUCUCUCGCAAUUGCCGGAGACUCAAGAUUUAAAAAGAAAGUAAACUUAAUAGGAAUAAGUGCUGCUUAACGUUAAUCAAUAAACGCAAACGUGAAAUUAUUUGACAAGCGUGAAUCAAGUCAUGAUUUUCUGUCUUUAUCAAAUUUAUGUGCUUGUCAGUUAUUUCAAUGUUACUAUAUUCCAAGAUGUCAACAAUUUAAGUACUAUAUAUGUCACUGUUUUUCUAGUUUCAAUGUGCGAAAUUAUUUCAUUGCUUGCGACGUCAUAUGGUCGUAUAUUGAAAUGGCACUAAGAUUCAUCCAUUGUUAAACUACAGCAUGUAUUAAACUGUAUUUAUUGUUUUUUACGUUUACACUUGAAACGAUAAUAAUUUUAUUGAUUUCCUUGAGAGAAUCGUUUUGUGACAUUGAAACCUGAAAGAUUAGAUAAUAUAUCGUAAACACAGUUGCAUAGAACAGAAUAUUGAUAUGCUUUGUUUUUAGAUAUUCUACUUUUGUCUUCGAUUACCAUCUGUUUUCUUUUGAUUUAUGACUGCAAAACUGCACUGUGGGAACCAUGAUGCAGUUACGAAAAAAGAAAAAUUCUAUUUUCUACAGAAAUUUCCUUUUGUCCUGCAUUCAGCGUUCACAUUUACGCUAAAAAUAAGAGUUUCGAUGAUCUUAGUAGAACCGUGACAAAUCAAACUUGUACACUUGUUGUUCUUAAGGUCGACGAUAUUUUGAAUACAUUAUUUUGAAAUACUAUAUGUUACGUUAAAUAGUGAUGAAUGCAAAUGUGAUAUUGUUUUUUUUUUCAUAUUUGAUUUUUAUUAAGUGUUAAUACAGUAUCAUAUAACAUCAAUGGAUUCGUAUUAGCAAGCGAAUGAUUUUACCUCAUUCGUAAACAUGACUUAUAAAUGACGAACGAAUAUCGACUGAAUGCCCCUUAGCGUUUCACUAUUAUUGUUAAAUGUGUAUUCCAUGUUUCAUCAUAAGCACAAAAAUAAUGCAAUAGUCAUGUUUCUUCAUUGGUUUAUUUAACAAAUGAAUAAAAUCCAACGCUGCGAUAGUUGACUAACAUACGUAUGAUCACUGUUAAUAGAAAAAAAAUAUCAAUACAGUUCUUACUGAAAGAAAGCGUUAAACGUACACGGUCACAAAUAAAUACAGCUAAUUAAUAUUUUAUCAAUAUCCAUCGAGUUUUAUUGUCCGAAUUAAGCACAGUCGAAUUCUGAAUAACAGCUACUACCUAUCAACAUGUAUGCAGUGUUCGUGUAAUAUAGUUUUACAACUUACCAGAUAAUUUUGAACCGUCAAGUGUUUGUUUACUAUAAUUUUAAGUCCGUAGAAGCAUAAAUCAAAUAAUGACAAUUUCAGAUAUUUUAAUUAUCUGUCAGAUCACAUAACGCUACGUAUGCAGCAUGGUUGACUGACUGAUUUUAGGAUGCACAUCUACACAUGAUAAAUGUGCACCCCAAAAUAAGACAAUAAUCAAAUUAAUUUUUCUAUAUUUAUCGUAUGAAUUUUCAAUAGGAAUGUCAUUAUUACAUUCCCUAUUAUUAUGUGGUCAAUAAAAUAUCAUAGUUAAUCUCCAGUUUAACUUUGAACAUUUGACAUUUUAUACAUGUAUUAUGUAAUAAAUACCUUGGAUGCAGCAUUCGACAAUCGA